AUCCACACAAAAAAUACAUCACAUCGUUCACAAAGGCCUUGUCUCGCUCACGGUCAGGUCAUUUCGCCGAUACAACCUAUAGUUUUGCCUCUAGGGAGGUUUGUUCGAGGCCAAGUAUCAGCUAUUUUGGCCUCUGUCUAAAUAGGAAAGCUGAUUGCACAGGUGAUGCUGAUUAGAAAAGAUCAAAGGGAGAUACAUAGGCCUUUUUCACGGAAGUUAGAACGCACAUCCGGUUCAGCGUUUGUUGUGUAAAGACACUUCCGGUGAAAUGGAGUCAGACGCGCUCUUCACAACUUCCCUGAGAAAUAUACCGUCAAUGACUUCAGCGGAUGUUUUUCGUCUUGUCGAACUUAAUUCAAUCGCCCCGCACUCAAAACUCAACAAAGGCUACAAAUUCUUCCACGAAAAUUACAUCUUUAAUCACGAAGAUCACUUUGAAUGUUGACACCUUGCCUGUUGAGUUCACUAGCUCGUCAUGCACAUGUACUGCAGGCAAAGCUUUAUGCAAUCAUCUGGUUGCAAUGCUUUUUCAAACUGCGCACUUCAGCAUGAUGCAGAUGCAGACAGUACCACCAUCUACGGCAUGCACAGACACUCUGCAAACAUGGCAUAGACCAAGAACACAGGGGAUUUCUGCAGAGACUACAGAUCAGUUAGUGGUCAGAAAGCCAAAGACGUCUUCCAGAAGUGUAUGCAAAUCUACACUCUACAGAGCAUACACUGGUCACUUCCCUGACCCAGCAGUAUUGGCUAUUGGAGAAGCUGUCAAAGGACUCACUCCCCAACCUUUGAUUUCCUGCGUCCUUACCGGUUUUUCAGAACUGGUUUUGGUGGACUCCAGAUUUGGUCCUGUGCCUCGAGGAUCAGUGCUCUCCUACCAAUCCCGUCCUGUUGUGACCAAGAACUACAUUAAACAUCCAGAUGCUCCUGUGUACCCUAAACUCCCUAUUAAUGGUUCUAAAUUUCUGAGGAGCUUGCACUUCGUGCCAAACUGUCACCAGUUAUUCCAUUUGGAGAGCUUAAGUGUCACACAAGAGUUGGCAGUUAUAAUAGAGGAGCGGACUCAGGAACAAUCGAACACUGUGGAAAAGCAUGCGCAAGCCUAGAGUGACUGCGAGCCGAUUUUAUGAGGUUUCUCAUGUGCGAGGGAAGACAUCUGGCCAGGCACUGGCAAGGCAGAUACUCAGGGGUGUAAAGCAAACUAGGGCAAUGAAAAGAGGCCUUGACAGGGAACCCGAGGUGCUGGAACGUUACUCUGAACUGUUUAAUGUGAAUGUCUCACCUUGUGGUUUCGUUGUGCACCCAGAUGCGUCCUACCUUGGUGGCAGUCCUGAUGCCAAAGUUUAUGACCCUAAUGCAGAUCCCUGUUUCGGGCUUGCUGAAGUGAAAUGCCCAGAUGUUCCUACAGUUUCUGAGGUUGGGCAUAUAAAAAUUGUGAAUGGACAGGCAACCCUGAAAAAAUCUCACAAAUAUUACUGGCAGGUUCAAGGUCAGCUGGCUGUAACUGGACUCAGUUGGUGUGACUUCAUCACUGACACUGAAGAGGACAUGACAGUUCAAAGAGUGUGGAGGGAUAAUGUCAUGAUAGCCCAGAUGCGAGAAAAUCUGGACCUUUACUACUUUGGUGCUUACAUGGAUGAAUUUCUUAAGGGGGGUAUGUAAUAGGCCUAUUUGCACUGUAUACUACUAAUCCUGUAAAAAAAAAAAAAAAGAUAGUCUGGAAUUUUUUAUAGUCUGGAUAUUCUUCAAAAUAUUUUC